AACAACAACAGCAACAACCAGUUUAUAAUGUUCUAGUAUUAAUGGUUGAAAAAAGUCAAACAAAUCGUUUUGAUUUGGUACAUAUUGGACCGGCAAUCGACAUUGCACAGAAAAAAUGUCAAUCAAAAUAUAAAAUCUAUCUAAAUCUUACCAAAGAAACCUAUCCAAAUCAAUGUAAUGAAACGGCUGCACUGGGAAAAGCAUAUGACAUUAUAACCAGACAGAAAAUUGUUGCAUUAAUUGGUCCAGCAUGUAGUGAUGAUGUUCAGGUUGUUGGUCGUUUAGCUGCACAUUUAGGUAUACCAUUAUUAACCGGCUUGGGUGAUGUUAUCAAUGAUGACCGUUCAGCAUAUAAUACAUUAAUCCGAACAUCAUAUGAUUUACGUGAUAAAGCACGUGCCAUCUUGGCAUUUAUGGCACAUCAUAAUUGGUAUCAUUUUGGUCUGAUUUACCGUUAUCAAGAUAUUUAUUAUUCAACAUUAGCUGAAGAACUGUUGCAACGUAAUCAUAAUGAAUAUAAAAAUUUUCGCUGUACAUGUAAAGAAUCAUAUAAUCGUGAUCAUAAUAAAACAAUAUUAACAAAUUUACGUUUAAUUAUGGAUCGUAUGCGUUCUUGUGCACGAAUCAUUGUUAUAAUUGGUGGUGAAAAAGAAGUACGUAAUAUGAUGUUGAUUGCAUAUUCAAUGAAUAUGACAAAUGGUGAUUAUGCAUUCAUUUAUACGGAAUUGAUUGAAAAAGAAGCUAUCGGUAAUACAUCAUGGGCCGGUGGUAAUGAAUCGAAAGAAAUCAAAGAAAAACUUAAAUAUGCAUAUCAAUCACUGUUAAUAUUAAGUCUUAAUCAACCACCCGGUGAACAUUAUAAAAAUUUUAGUGAUCAAGUUAAAUAUUUAUCAUUAAAAGAAUAUAAUUAUAAAUAUAAUGAACAAAUGGUUAAUUAUUUUACAGCAUCAUUUCAUGAUUCAGUUUUAUUAUUAUGUAAAUCAUUACGUGAAAAUCAACCAAAAUUUUUUCAUUAUCAUUCAACAAAAACAUCUAUUAAAGAUAUACGUAAAAUGAUAUUGAAAUCAAUGAAAAAUGUUACAUUUUCCGGUAUUUCGGGUAAUGUUACUAUUGAUUUGGAUGGUGAUCGUAUUGCUGAUUAUGCAUUAUUGGAUCAAACCGAUCCGGAAACUGGAUUAUUUGAAGUUGCAUUAAGAUAUUAUGGUGCAACACAAACAUAUGAAACAAUUAAACAAAUUCAUUGGCCAAAUGGUCUUGUACCGAAAGAUAUUCCUAAAUGUGGUUUUGAUGGUGCUAUUUGUAAACGAAUAACAUUUCUUGGCAUAACAAUCGUUACAAUUGUUACGGUUUUAUUUCUAUCAAUUUUACUUGUUGUAUUCAUUUUGAGAAAAAUUAAAUAUAAAUUUGCAUUGGCCAAUAUGUCAUGGAAAAUACGUUGGGAUGAAAUUGAACAAAUAAAUUUGGAACGUUCAAAUUAUGAUUUUGAUCAUAAAGAAGAUAUUGGUGAAUCAGAUUCGAUUAAAAUCGUAAUGGAUUCGGUUGUCACUGGAAUGUAUAAGGGAAAUCAAGUUGUCAUCAAAAAAUUACGUACAACAAAAUUUGAUUUAUCCAAAGAAAUGUUGAUUGAAGUGAAAAUUAUGCGUGAAAUAUCACAUGAUAAUUUAACAAGAUUUUUUGGUAUAUGUACAGAAAAUUGUCUGGCAAUAGUUACGGAAUAUUGUUCAAAAGGUUCAUUACGUGGAUUAUUAGCCAAUUCAUCAUUGAAUUUAGAUUGGAUAUUUCGUUGUUCAAUUAUUAAUGAUAUUAUUUCUGGUAUGACACAUCUACAUAAUUCUGAACAUUGUUAUCAUGGCCGAUUACAUUCGAAUAAUUGUCUUAUUGAUUCACGUUUUUGUGUAAAAAUAUCGGAUUUUGGCCUACGACAAUUAAAAAAUGAUAAUGAUUUAGGAUUGAUUUAUUCAUGUCAAUCAAUUGAUAAUUUAACGGAUAAUUUACAUUUAAAAUUAUCAAGAAAAUGUCAACAGAAUUGUUUAAAAGAAGAACAUAAUGAAAAUCUAUUGUAUUAUGCACCAGAAUUUUUUCAACCAUGUAAAUGUAAAAAAAAUCAUCUUGAUUCAUAUUGUUUACAAACCAAUUCCGGUAGUCAAAAAGGUGAUUCAUAUAGUUUUGGUAUUAUUCUGCAGGAAAUCAUUCUGAGAAAAGAACCAUUUUAUCCACAUCAAAAACAUAUGCAUCUUUCAGAAAUCAUUAAACGAUCUAAAUUUGAAAAUUUACGUCCAUCGGUACCGAUCGAUGCAUGUGUACCGGAAUUAUAUUCAUUAAUGGUUAGUUGUUGGACAACGAAUCCCGAAGAUCGGCCAGAUUUUUAUCAAAUAAAAUGUGAAAUGAAAAAUCUAAUGAAAACAUUAAAUAUCAAUAAUAAUUUAUCAAUCAAUUCAACAUUGACGGAAAAUCUGUUAAUACGUAUGGAACAAUAUGCAAUCGAUUUGGAAAUGAUUGUCCGACAACGAACUAAUCAAUUGGCCGAAGAGAAAAAGAAAACCGAAGAACUUUUAUAUCAAAUUUUGCCAAAACCUGUUGCCGAUCAACUAAAACGUGGCAAAAUGUUUGAACCAAAUUUUUUCGAUUCAGUAACAAUAUUUUUCAGUGAUAUUGUUGGUUUUACACAUCUUAGUUCGAAUUCAACACCGAUGCAAGUUGUUGAUUUUCUAAAUGAUCUUUAUACAUUUUUCGAUUCAAUCAUAUCCGAUUAUGAUGUUUAUAAAGUUGAAACAAUUGGUGAUUCUUAUAUGGUUGUAUCAGGUCUGCCAGAAAAGAAUGGUAUCGAACAUGCACGACAAAUUUGUCGUAUGGCAUUAAAAAUCCUUGAAAUGAUGCCAAGUUUUGUUAUUAAACAUCGACCGGAAGAAAAAUUAAAACUUCGUAUCGGUAUUAAUACUGGUAGUUGUUGUGCUGGUUGUGUUGGAAAUAUUCGACCAAGAUUUUGUCUAUUUGGUGAUGCUGUCAAUACGGCAUCACGUAUGGAAAGUAAUGGUGAACCCCUAAAAAUUCAUGUUAGUUCAUCAACCAAAUCAGUGUUGGAAUUAUUUGGUACAUUUAUAUUGGAACCACGUGGUGAAAUAUUUAUCAAAGGAAAAGGAAAAAUGUUGACCUAUUGGCUGUUGGGUGAAAAAUGAAUGAAAUUUUUUUUUUUUUGAAUUUUUUGAAACUGAU